AUGGAUUCCCCUACUUUCAGCUCCCAACUUCCCCUCCAAGACGACCAUAUUGAUGUCCCAGAAAAUUCGAGUAACAAUGGUCCAUUGGAUGAAACCGACUCUUAUCUCGCUGAUAAAAUACUAAGUUAUUUCGAUGAGGACUCUGGCGGUAUCACAGCAAACUUGGUUUGGGAGGAUCCAUCUCAAUCUGAACAGACGUUGUCUGAUGUCAUUGUGAACGAAAUCAAACAUCUCAGACAAAAGGAACUUGUCGCCUGGAAGGAACUUGACGUUGCCCGGGAUCUUAUUGUUGAAAUGAUUGGACAACCCGACACUUAUUCGUUCUUUGCCAAUGACCUCAAGAAUCGUCCCGGUCAAUUCGCUGAGACUGGAAUAAAACUAUUACAUCAUCUCAAAGAGCGUGUCAAGUUUCUGGGAGAUUUACCCCAAACUCGACUAAUUGACGACGUCGAGAUUGAGUAUAUCAACGGACCCCCAUGUAAUCAAAGUCUCGAGGACAGUGUUGUCCCUCAAAAGCCCAAAGUUCCUAGACCUCAGCCUGUUCAAACUAGCUUUGGCUAUGUAGCAGGCAUCAACAUUGGCGAUUGUUGGAGGCGUCGAAAGCAGAUAACUGACAUCGGUCUCCACUGCCGGCCUCAAGGUUCGGUCCAUGGUCGUAAGCAAGAGGGAGUAUUCUCUCUCAUAAUUGCUGGGGCAUAUAAGGAGGAUCGGAAUUCUGGGCUGGAGAUAACCUUCACGGGUGUUGGCGGCCAUGAUGAGGCAAAUGCUACCAAGAAAGUCGCCCAGGGGUCGAAACUAUCUAUCGAUGAUCUGACUUCAGGACCAAAGGCUUCAAACACAGAGAACUGUGCACUUGCGAUGUCAGCUUCCACAGGAAAGCCAAUUCGUGUCAUCGCAAACCCAGAUGCCAACCUGUCGUUUUGUCGCAAAGCUAAAGGGUUUACAUUCAUCGGAUUGUGGAAGGUUUCUGGCUCGUUGGUGUAUAGAAACAAAAAGAACGUCGACGUACUAAGGUUCCAGCUGUCCCCAUUCGACGAGCAGACCCGCACGUAUGUUCUAAAGAACAUCCAAACGAGCCCACCAUCGGGUCCCCCUAAUGUUGCUAGCACGAGCCAAGAAGUUGUGCUCCAUUUCAAAGUUGAUGAUGGCACCAAUGAUUGA